AUGAAGUCGCCUCGCUGUCUGUGCGAGAUUUGUACCUGCGGGCGCCAUCGCUGCCCUCAUAAACCCACGAGGAUUUAUGAUAAUGGACAACAGCCAUGCCUCACAACAGAGUAUGUGGAAAAAUAUCCCAAGUAUAGCAACAUCUCUCCUCCCCGGAGCCUUAAGCCGAAACAAGAGUACCAAGCGCAUCAUGGAAAAAUGGAAGGAAUUACAACAUUUAAAUCUGAUUAUUUACCCUAUGAUAUUGUGAAGCGACCUAUUCGAGUACAAGAAGAACAUAAACCAAAGACGGGAGAGAGAGAACUGGGAACCACAUACCAGAAAGAUUAUAAUGCUUAUAAAAUACAACCAGUGACAUUAGUAAAACCUCUAGAGAGAAAACACACUACAGGAGGAAAAUUGGAUACUAUACCAACCUAUCAAGAUGACUAUAGGUCAUGGGAAGUUCAAAGAAGGGAACCUAGUAAGGUGGAGCAUAUAUACCACCCGCCUACAAAGAAGUUUGGAAAUUCUACUACGUUUCAAGAUGACUUUGUUCCCAGGGAACUACAUCCCAGACAAAGUUUUAAACCUCCUUGUGUAGGCAAGCUUUCUGACGUGCCUUUUGAUAGUACUACUAGCCAUCGCACUUUUUAUAUUGCUCAUCAACUGGAACCAAAAUUCCUAAGAUCAAAAGAAGAGUAUAAGCCAAGCAACCAACCCUUUGAAGAUCUCACAACCCACCGGAAUGAUUUUAAAGGGCUACCUGGGCAACUUGCAAAAAGCUGCAAGCCUGAAAAUACAAAAGUCGGAUCCAAUGCUCAUUUUAAUGGAGUCACUGAAUUCCAGGAUCGUUUUCAGCCAUGGUUGGUCUCCUUGCCUGAAGUCCGCAAAACGAAAGAGUACGUUCCACCUCCAGGCAACAUGGAUUUUAACUCCUCAAGCCACCUUGAUUAUGUUAAGCAUGAGAUUUCUCCUGCUGUCCCCAUAAGACCAGUUUCUAAUGGAAGAAGAACCAAUGCCCCUUUUCAAGGGAAUACUACUACAAAGGAAGACUUUAAAGCUUGGGCCAGCUGUCGGCAAGAGAUUACUAAGAAACACCAGGAAAUUCCGAAACCCACAGGAAAAUUUUAUGAUUUAACUACAUUCAAAUCUCAUUACAUACCACAUCAGAUCAUUCCAGCUCCAAGUUUCAAACCUGUACAUGCUACAGUUCCUAAUUCAGCUCCUUUUCAAGAUGAAACUGUGUAUCGCACAGAAUAUACUCCAAAGAAACAAGAGAUCUGCCCAGCAAAUUACCCAUCCCCUCCAGGCUAUAUCUAUGUGAAUACAGAUUCUCAGGGUCACAAAUUCUUCCGCCAGCUUACUCCAAAAUUUUCUGAGUCAAAUAGUAAUCCUAUUCCAAAGGAAGUAGCUGUUGUGUCAUAA